AUGUAUAUUUUCCUGAGGACACAGGCUGUCCAUGGAACCAAAAAACCAAAAAAAAACAGAGUCUCAGAAUUCCUCCUUCUGGGACUCACAGAAAAGCCAGAGCUUCAUACUCUCCUCUUUGGGCUGUUCCUCUCUGUGUACCUGGUCACCAUCUUUGGGAACCUGCUCAUCGUCCUGGCCAUCAUCACAGACUCCCGCCUCCACACGCCCAUGUACUUCUUCCUCUCCAAACUGUCCCUCGUCGAUACCUUCUUCUCUUCCACCACCGUCCCCAAGAUGUUGGUGAACCUUUGGACCCAGAACCAGGUCAUCUCCUUUGUGGGCUGCCUUGCUCAGAUAUACACCUUCCACCUGUUAGGGACCAUGGACAGCUCCCUCCUAGCUGUGAUGGCCAUUGAUCGGUUUGUGGCCAUUGUCUACCCUCUAUGCUACUCAGUCAUCAUAAGCCCUUGUGUCUGUGGGUUGCUGGGGGGGGUGGGGGCAUGGCUGAUCAGCAAUCUCCGGUCACUCAUGCACACCUGCCUCAUGGCUCAACUGACCUUCUGUGCUGGCUCCGAAAUCCCCCACUUCUUCUGUGAUCUCAUGCCUCUGUUGAAGCUCUCCUGCUCUGACACGCACACCAGCGAACUGGUGAUUUUUGCUUUUGGCAUCAUCAUGGGCAUCAGCCCCCUCUCGUGCAUCCUCCUCUCUUACACUUCAGCAGCCACCAGCCUUGGUUUCACGGGGACCUUGUGA